UCAUGUUGCGUCUGUCCAUCCCUGCGUUCGUCUGGCUGGCACAGCAACUGACUUCCGCAUUCCCAAAUCUUCAAAAUAGGGAUCGGUAAAGAAACGGGCUGAUGCAACGAUAUCCACUUUUUAAAAUAUACUCUAGACCAUCUUCUGAUCCCAAAAAAGGACAUUUGCUGAACACGGAAACCAACCCAGCUGUGGUCGUAGGAGGGAGUAACAUGAUGCCCGGGCCGAUCCCUGAUCCCUCCGUGGCGGCCGGCUCCUUGCCUGGUCUGGGACUACUAGCAGGCAUCUCUGCCACAACACUGACCGAUCAGCUCAAGUAUGCUGACCUUUGCAGUCUGGGUGCCAUGCUGUCUCCACUGCAUCUGCUGGGCAAGAGGUCCAAAAGAGUCUUGCCCAUGAAGACUGAGAGAGACGAGGAGGAGGAGAGGAGGAAAAGGAGAAGGGAGAAGAACAAAGUAGCAGCAGCGCGAUGUCGAAACAAAAAGAAAGAGAGAACAGAAUAUCUACAAAAGGAAUCAGAAAGGCUAGAGAUGAUGAAUUCUGACCUCAAGGCCCAGAUUGAAGAGCUGAAGCACGAGCGUCAGCAAUUGAUCCUAAUGCUUAACCGACACCGGCCCACCUGCAUUGUGCGGCGAGACAGUGUGGAGACCCCAAACAGUGAGGCCAACCCCCUCUUGGAGCAGCUGCAGGCCGAGGCCAAGUUAUGAGCUUGGUAGUGUCCUGUGCCAUCACUGUGGUUCAUGUUUACUGCAAAAGCCUCAGAAGGCCUAGCUAGCUAGCCAGCAAAGCCAGCUAGAAGCACUUAGCUCAACCCUCUGGAGCGCUGCACAGAGGCCUGGAGGAGCACUCCUGCCUGCAAGCGUGGAGGUUGAGCCCUUGAUGAGAAAAUGAGAAACAGAAAGAUGGGGCCCAAUGUAAUUGGGCUUUGUUACUGAUGCCAAGACUCUUUCAUUACCCUUGUUGUCGUUUACACCUUUGCAUUUCUCACAACAUCCAGCAGGUUGAUACAAGCCUCAACAUUACUCCAGGUCUUGGGUUAUUUUGAUGUGUUUUCAUUGGGUAUGCUCAUACAGAAUGCAUUCAAAUAUGAUUGUGGUAUUGAUUUAGAUCUGUUCUUGGCCGUAGUUUCAGUUUUUUUUUAUAUAUAUAUAUAUAUAUAUAUUUUUUUUUUUUUUUUUUUUCUGACGCAGGCGUCAUUUAUGCAUAUAUGAAGUUUACAUCUUUGUUACCUACAAUUAUAUACGCUCUUUUUAUACUACAUGUAUAUUAAAUUUACCAUGUGCUAUCACUAGAUGUGAUCCAUUUUGUAUUACUGUCUCAAAUGUUUAUACAGUAUUUUUUCAUAGCUUUGGGACAAGCUCAAUAUGUAUCUUGCGCAAUGUUGACAACUGUUAAAGAUAUUUCACAAGAA